AUGGAAGCUGUCGGCCAAAACGCGGACUGGGAUUUCUUCAAAAAGCAACCUUUUGGCAUGCUGAUGGCCGGACAAACGAUCCUCUCGCUCAUUUUCUUGAUUCUGCCCGUUUUCUCGGCCUACUUUGACCAAGGUGGUUGGCUGGCUUUCUCGACAUCUUCAUGUCUUUUCCUCACCUCUCUCGUCAUGAAUCUCCUUCAUCUUUUCCGUUUGAAUCGACGAACGAUUCAAGCAGGAAACGCCGCGUUUUUCGUACCCUGUGCACUCAUUAUUUUUAUCUCCUCCGUCAUCUUCGGUUUCCUUUAUUUAUUCUCGACUCUGGCCUAUUUGGUCGCUUUCAUCCAAUCACUUAGCUACGGUUUCCGGCAUAUCCUCUGGACAUUCAUUGGACUUGUAAUGGUCAUUCUCCUUUCACUCGUCAAUCUCUAUCUCGGCAUUUUGCUGUACAGAGCCGCUCCAAACUCUCGAUUGAUGGCCCUAACAACUAUCGUCAUUGAGGGCUCGAAAACCGAGUUCCUCGAGGGCCGAGGGCCUCAAUUCUCACCAACAUCACCGAAUCCUCCGCCAAACCCUCAAUUCUCCAUC